UUAAAAAAGUCAUCAAUAAUUGUCUCUUCCAUCUGUAUAGACUCAUGUCUCUCGUGUUCUCUACUUCUCUUAUCAAACCAACCAAAAAUGUCGUUGUCUUCUUCUUCCUUUUCCGACGAAUCACUCUACCAAAUUUCCCUAAUCAUCCUCAACUCCGUCGCACUUCCAACUUUCUUUAUCACCCAAUUCGUCAAGGCUCCCUACGGCCGCCACGUACGCUCAGGGUGGGGCCCAACUCUCCCCUCAUACAUUUCCUGGUUUCUCAUGGAAUCACCCACCAUCUUCUUCUCUCUCCUCACCUUUCCUUUUGGUCGCCACGUGUCCUCUCUCAGAUCACUCUCUCUCUUAGCCGUCUUCCUCCUCCAUUACUCCCAUCGCACUUUCAUCUACCCUCUCCGCCUCUUCCGCCGGGAAACCACUAUCGGUUUUCCGAUUAUAAUCUCUCUCAUUGGCUUUUUCUUUAACCUCUUGAAUUCCUAUGUUCAGAUUAGAUGGAUCUCACACUACGGUGAUUAUGUCUCAGAUAAGUGGUUUUGGGGGCGGUUUUGCGUUGGAUUAGUGGUUUUUGUUUCUGGUAUGGCGAUUAAUGUGAAAUCUGAUUUGGUUUUGCUGGGCUUGAAGGCCCAAGGUAGUGGGUACAAGAUUCCUAAGGGAGGCCUGUUUGAAGUGGUAAGCUGCCCAAAUUAUUUGGGGGAGAUUGUUGAGUGGUUGGGCUGGGCUUUUAUGACAUGGUCUUGGGCUGGGCUUGGAUUUCUCUUGUAUACUUGUUCUAAUUUGGUGCCUAGAGGAUGUGCUCAUCAUAAGUGGUAUUUGGAAAAGUUUGUGGAGGAUUACCCAAAGCAUAGGAAAGCUGUAAUUCCAUUUUUGUACUAGUGUAUUAAAAUUAAUGAUCAAAUUGUCAUUUGAAAUUAAUAAAUUGUCACAAAUUUCAAAUUAUUUUAAGUUGAGAUUGAAAGAUAAUUUGAAGGUAACUACACUAUUUGUUCUUCAUA